CUACAAAAAUGGACCAACCCUGAACUCAACCAAGAUGGCCCACAUUACAUACCUCAUAUUCCUCUUCAUCAUCGAAAUCGGCUUCUCCACUGAAGAAGAAAACAUUCAAGACCCAGAACUACAAAAUAUAGAUCUAGAAGAUUACAUAGAAUAUAACAAAACAGACAUUUACGAUGCAUACAACAUUACAGAAGAAAUUGAAAAGACAAAUGACAAUCGUAAAAAAUGUAAAGUGAUAAACACAACGACGGAAGAUGGAGGUCAUAUUCCAGAGAAUGGGUUAAAUUCCAUAGAUUUAGACAAUAUACAUUCCAGUUUGACUUCUAACUUGAUUAAGGAGAAUUUGUCAGUGGAUACUAUGGAGCUGGAAGGAGUGAAUUUGUUCGAUAUAGUGAACAGUGAUUGUGGGGGUGCUAAAGUGUGCCCCAAUGUGAGUGGGAACUGGACGAAUGAAAAGACUAUUACUGUUGGAUUUCUUGGCGCUUAUGGCAGGAGUCAGACGGUGUUGGGAGCCAUGCCCGUAGCUGUAGCUGCUAUCAACCGGGAACCGAGCCUGCUACCCGGACUUAAACUGCGCUUCGUGGCUGCAGACAUCGGCCGCUCCCGACCUCAUCUGCCUAUGGAUAAAGAUAGUCUGUCUUUAAGGGUGAUGACUCAGAUGCGUGAUUUAGGAGUGGUGGCGUUCUUCGGACCUGAUGGCACAUGUCAUACGGAGGCGAAGCUAGCUGCAGCCUGGAACCUGCCUCUUAUAUCUCAUAAAUGCGCCGGUGCUCACGGCUCCUUCGAGAAGGGUUCAGGACUCGGAGCCACCUUCGCCAGGACGUUACCAGCAGCAUACAAGGCCAGCAAGUCGGUCAUCGCUCUGCUGAAGGCAUUUGGUUGGACCAAGUUCGCUAUCGUGGCUGGAGAUGAGCUAACUGCUGCGGGACAGCAAAUGGAUGCUAUUAAAGAACUGGCGCAGUCGAACGAUAUGGUGAUCACGGCUGAGCAUCGCUUCGCCGACUACAUUCCCAAACACAUAUCUGAUAUGGAGAGGAUUGUGGAUCAGACUUAUGAUAAGACUAGAGUAUACGUGUUCCUGGGUGAGCACAUAGCGCUGGUGGACUUCAUGAAGGUACUCCAGCGGCGUGAUCUCCUCACCACGGGAGAGUAUGCCGUCGUCGCUGUUGAUGACGAGAUAUAUGACCCGAGCAUCGCUGCGAUUACUCAUGCAGAAUACCUGGGCCAGAACAGCAGUGACGAUGUUGUGGCGUUUCGCGCCGUGUUGCGGCUCACACCUUCCUUGCCAACCAACCCACACUAUGAGAUGCUGUGUCAAAUGAUACGGAAGAUGUCGGCUGCUCCACCAUUUUGCGUGCCGAAUUACCACAUGCUCUUCGAUACUGCAUGGGUGCCAAUAGAAGCAGCUCACCUCUACGACGCAGUGAUCUUAUGGGCGCGCGCGGCGACAGUGGCGAUGCGCUCCGGUCUGCCGCCGACAGAUGGCGCCACUCUCAUGAAGCUUCUCCGCCCCACUACCUAUAGAUCUGUGCAGGGAUUUGAUGUAAACAUGGACAGUGCAGGUGAUGCUGAGGGCAACUUCACAGUCAUCGGCUUGGUGGCUGACACCAAUGUUCCUGGCGGUUGGAGCGCUCAGCCUGUCGCUACCUUCCGAUAUGUGAAUGCCUCGGAUUUUUUGCCGGAACUAGUAGGAGCAUCAAACAUUGCCUGGAUCGGGGGAAGUCCCCCUGUGGCUGAACCAGCUUGCGGCUUCGAUGGCAUAAAGUGCUCUCUCCCCCACGACCCUGGGGUACUCUCAGCAGCAGCCGCAGUGGCCGCGGCAGCCAUAUUGGCAGCAGCACUGCUGGUCCGUCACUAUAGAUAUGAGCAGAAGUUGGCGUCAGUCCUCUGGAGGAUAGAAGCUAAAGAUCUCACGUUUAUAUCGGCGUAUAAUGCAAGCAGCUCUGAUAAGGUAACUUCAAUGCAACAUGACAUGGAGACGCGUCGCGCUCACACUACCAUAGCCAUGUAUAGAGGGAAUAUAGUGGCUAUCAAACGUCUGCAGAAGAAGAGCAUUGAUGUCACCCGAGCUAUCAAGAAGGAGCUUAAACUGAUCCGUGAGCUUCGCCACGAAAACCUGACCGCUUUCGUCGGGGUCUGCGUAGAAAGUGGUUCGGCUUGCAUCGUGUCAGCCUACUGCUCCCGAGGGUCCCUGGCAAGAGUCCUGGCUGACAGAGACUUACAUCUCGACGAUAUGUUCGUGGCCAGUCUAGUAGCAGACCUGCUUAGAGGACUGACGUAUCUACAUGACUCGGCCUUGAUAUCCCAUGGGAAUUUGACGUCCAGUAACUGUCUGGUUGACAGCAGAUGGGUGCUGCAGAUUGCCGAUUAUGGUCUUCAUAAUUUGAAAUACGGGUGUUCAGAUGCAGAAGACGCACUGCGCAUGGAGCGUCGCAUGCUGUGGCGAGCUCCCGAACUCCUGAGGGAUCCCAAUCCUCCACCUCGAGGGUCCCAGAAGGGAGAUGUGUAUUCCUUCGGCAUUAUCCUGUAUGAGAUCCUUGGAAGGAACGGCCCUUGGGGUGAUACGAAUCUUACUAAUGCUGAGAUCAUAGGCCGCGUCCGUCACCCCAUAGGAGGGGUGCUAUUCAGGCCACCACUAGGAGGUCUGGUGGCCAGGCCAGCGGUGCUAGCGGUGCUGAAUGCUUGCUGGAGCGAGCGGCCUGAUCGAAGGCCGGAUUUGCGGCUUGUGCGGCUCCGGCUUAAGGAUAUGCAUGCUGGGAUGAAAACGAACAUCUUCGACAACAUGCUGGCCAUGAUGGAGAAGUAUGCGUCAAACCUGGAAGCCAUCGUCGCAGCCAGGACUGAACAACUGCUGCAGGAGAAACGACGGACUGAUGAUUUGCUCAAUAGGAUGCUGCCUAGGACUGUAGCAGAAGCAUUAAAGCGCGGUGAAAGGGUACAAGCAGAGAGCUUCGACUGUGUCACCAUAUACUUCAGUGAUAUCGUGGGCUUCACCAAGUUAGCUGCUACUAACACACCGAUGCAGGUGGUGGAAAUCCUGAAUGAUCUGUACACUUGCUGCGAUGCCAUCAUAUCAUACUACAAUGUUUAUAAGGUGGAGACAAUAGGCGACGCAUACAUGGUGGUCGGAGGUCUACCAGAGAGGUGUUCCCGACAUGCUGCAGAAGUGGCCUCUUUAGCCCUGCAUGUGCUGGACUCCGUGCCCAAGAUCAGGUCAAGACAUAUGCCCGCUGCAAGACUGCAUAUUAGAAUAGGAAUUCAUAGCGGCCAGUGUGCAGCUGGGGUAGUAGGUGUCAAGAUGCCAAGAUACUGUCUCUUUGGAGACACGGUAAACACUGCAGCGAGGAUGGAGUCCAGUGGUGAACCUCAACGCAUCCACAUCAGCCAUGAUACGUAUCUCCUGCUCAAACAACAUGGCGGAUACCAUUUUAAGGAACGAGGGAUUGUUAAUAUCAAGGGCAAAGGAGAAAUGCGAACGUGGUGGCUGGUAGGUGAAGACCACGAAAGAAGAAAAAACACAAUGAGUAGAUUCCAACCUGGUCUACUCCGAAACAUGAACGAAGAGAGCGAAGACUUAUGGGGCCUGAACAGGUCAAUCCUCAACAUUAGGGAUCGCGCCCGCCUGUCCUGCGGCGGCCUCGCGGGGCCCGGCUCUGCCCUCUCCUCCCCCGGGCCCCCAGCCUGCGAUUGCUUCAUCCCCAACCGUGACCACCACUCGGCCCCCGUAGUCCUAUUCUGCGACGAAUGA